CUCACCCUUCCUCAGCAUGUGCAACUACAUGCAGUCGACCCCUACGCAGUGAACAUGACUUGGCAGCCUCCAGCUAACCCUUACAACCCCCUUACCGGCUACACUAUCGAAUGGAUGCUUGAGGAUUAUUGGCAAGAGAGGUUGCUGCCUCCAUCACGGCUCUUUUACACUUCCUCUCGACUUACACCAGGCCAGUCCAUUUCGGCUGCAGUUCGUGCACACAAUCUCCCCAACACUUCCAUGAUAUUCGAUUACAUCGGUGAGCGUAGCACACACAUAACAGCCACUACGCCAACGCGUUAG